CUCUCUACGACCCAAGCACUCAGCCAUGCCGGCCAUUGCACCGAUCCAGGGCGCGCUCCGCAAGCACCUCCUCACCAACCUGAGCAUCGGCAUCGGUGGCGGCCUCGUCGCCGGCUACUCGUACUGGCAGCUCGUCCACCUCCCCCUCGUGCGCAACCGCGACAACUGGUACCUCGAGCAGGCCAAGCUCAAGGCCGAGUCGGCAUAAGCGCGUUCGGUGGCUUGUAGAACUCGAGCGGUCGACGGGUCGCGGAGCGAGAGGGGAACGCCGACGGGUUUCGUCUUC